AUGUGUAAGCAUUGCUAUGUUAAAAGGAGUAUUGAGAACUUUUUUCAUCCCUCUGAUGAAAAUCAAGAGGAAGAAAAUGACACAUGUAAUCGAUAUGCUGAAAGAAGUGCUAAGAAAUGGAAAGCAACUAAAAAAAUAAAAAAAGCAAAACAGGAAGCCCUAGAUAGCAAUAUUAAUUCUGAUGAGCUUGAUAUAGGUACCUCUACCAGCUUUGAUAAUAUUGUUCCAAAUGAUUCCAAUUUUACUUCUGAUAAUGGUAACAUUACCAUAUCUAAUGACCCUGGUACUAUCACUCUCAAUGUUUCUAACAACUCUGGUACUAUUAUUUCUAACGACUCUGGUACUAUCAUUGAUGUUUCUAAUAUCACCACAGAUAGUUUUGAUAAUAUUAUCUCUAAUAACUCUGAGUACAUUACCUAUAAUGAAAAUGAGCAUGAUGUCUGA